AUGGACUCCAGGCGCUCGAGCACUCGAGCAGCUUCAGCCUACCGGAGCGCUAUGGUCGUCUCCCGUAAGGCGGCGCGCACGCUCCAAGAUGGCCGCUGCCUCUCGCCGGGCGCCGCUCAGGAUGCUCUGGACUGCGGCUUGGGCAUCAGAUGCGCUCUGUACCACGGCCCCGACCACAUGGCCAGUCUCCUCGGAAAGGUCAUGGCUGGCUCUGGACAUCUCCUCGAUGAGGCAGUCAGCCUCUUGGAUGAGAGCGUCUGCACGAGCUACCACGCGCCCGACCAGACCUCCAGGGGCGAAGGCACGGACUUCACGAAUGCAGUGAUAGACCGUGCUGUUUUCUUAAAGGCCGACCUUGAAGGUGCAAUCUUUAAGAACACCGUCUUGUCAGGAUCAACCUUCGAGGAUGCUAAUUUGAAGGAUGUCUCCUUCGAGGACACACUCAUUGGCUACAUUGACCUUCAGAAGCUAUGCAGAAACACCAGCAUAAACGAAGACACGAGAUUGGAGCUGGGCUGCAGGUGA